GCCGAUCUUUUCCAUCUUCUUCUUCCUCCUCCUCUGCCCUCCCUGCACCGGCAGCCCGCAGGCAGUCGGUGGAGGCUAUAAGAAGGGACGCAGAUCCUCCUCUCCUCUCAUCACCACAAACAGCUGAUCUGAGUCCACAGCAGAGCACCAUUCUUCUCUUCCAUUCUACUCAACGCAAAGUCUCCCGCUGAUCAGAUCGAGCGCUAGGCUGUCAGAUCCAUCCAUGGCCCCCUCCCAAGAAGUCGCCGCCGCCACCAAGGAGCCGUCCACCAACGGCAACGGGACACAGGCCGCCGCCGCCCCGAAGACCAAGACGCCGGCGCUGAACGAGCGGAUCCUCUCCUCCAUCACCCGCCGGUCGGUGGCGGCGCACCCGUGGCACGACCUGGAGAUCGGCCCGGACGCGCCCACAAUCUUCAACUGCGUGAUCGAGAUCCCCAAGGGGAGCAAGGUCAAGUACGAGCUGGACAAGAAGACGGGGCUCAUCAAGGUGGACCGCGUGCUCUACUCCUCCGUCGUCUACCCGCACAACUACGGCUUCAUCCCGCGCACCCUCUGCGACGACUCCGACCCCAUCGACGUCCUCGUCAUCAUGCAGGAGCCCGUCGUCCCCGGGUGCUUCCUCCGGGCCAAGGCCAUCGGCCUCAUGCCCAUGAUCGACCAGGGCGAGGCCGACGACAAGAUCAUCGCCGUCUGCGCCGACGACCCCGAGUACCGCCACUUCAACGACAUCAAGGAGCUGCCCCCGCACCGCCUCGCCGAGAUCAGAAGAUUCUUCGAGGACUACAAGAAGAACGAGAACAAGGAGGUGGCCGUCAACGACUUCCUGCCGUCAGAGGACGCCUACGAGGCCAUCCAGCACUCCAUGGAUCUCUAUGCCACCUACAUCUGCGAGGGCCUGAGAAGGUAGAUGAUAGAUCCGGUGACGCCAUGCCGCUUGCUGCAGGAUCGAUGUUGACGAAAAAUUACUCGUGUCGAGAGCGUUACCUAGCUCAUACAAGUCAUAAACAUACAUACAUACAUUCUUGUUUUGUGUUACCUACCUGCAUACACAAAUACACAUACUAGUAUAUGAUCUGAUCGCCCAAAGCCUUGCAUUAAGGCAGUAGCAGCCAGAUAAACAGGGCAUUCUUUCCCCAGCUACCUUAUGUAAUACGAUUUCCUGGCUGAAUGAAUAUGAGAUGUUGGUAUACUUUUUCCCUA